AACUGCCUGUCGACUGCUUAACGUUCGAUUUGGAAGCCACUAAGUAUUAUGCACUCCGAUGUUUUGGGUGCGCUGAUGAUGUAGAGUUAAGGCGACGCAUUAUUGGUGCCAGCGGCACCAGGUGUUCCAUGUGCGCCCAUGAAAUAGGCGCUGUAGAGUGUUGCACUGUUAUUUGUCAUCUAUCAGGUGGCAAUUGUUUAUUGCUACUGCUCCUUGCGCGUUUGCCUUGUUGCACAGACGACCUGCAUUUUAACUCGGCUGAAGCAAACAUAAGUGACAACAUGAAGUCAAGGUUUACUUCUGCAGACAUCGUCGCAGCUGUUAACGAAUUACAGAACCUAGUUGGUAUGCGAGUUGUGCAGGUGUACGAUGUCGAUUCGAAGACCUAUCUCUUUAAACUCAACAGACAGGAGGAGAAAACUGUCCUUCUAUUUGAGUCCGGUAUCCGAAUACAUACUACGGAGUACGAAUGGCCAAAAGGAAGUGCUCCCUCAACCUUCUCAAUGAAAUUGCGGAAACACCUAAGCAACAAACGAAUUGAGCAUAUUCGUCAACUUGGUGUGGACCGAAUCGUCAAUAUUCAGUUUGGUAUUAACGAAGCUACGUACCACGUUAUUAUUGAGAUGUACGAUAGAGGGAACGUUGUGCUGACGGAUGGCAAUUACGUAAUCUUAAACAUCUUGAGACCACGACAGGCAGGUGCUGAAGAUGUUCGUUUAGCCGUGCGGGAAAAGUAUCCUGUGUUCGCACUAACGCAAGCCAUCCCUAUUCUGGAGUUGAGUGAUGUCCGCGGGUGGUUGGAAAACGCUCAGGAGGGCAAUAGUUUAAAAAAGGUGAUACUUCCCAAAGUGUUUUGUGGACCUGCUAUCCUUGAUCACUGCUUGCAAAGCCGUGAUAUAACAGUGAACACGAAAAUCAAAAAGGGGUUCAUUACCGAUGACCUGGUAAAACGUAUCCACGAGGCCAUUCUUGAAGGACACGAAAUGCUCGAGAAUUUUAAACGACCUGGCACAACUUCUGGAAUCAUCACGCUUAAAGUUGAAAAACGAUUUCAACCUACUGAAGAUGGAAGCACGGAAAUUAUCUCGUAUAACGAAUUCCACCCUUUUCCCUUCAAAAGCCUUGUGAACCAGCGGACAGAAAAUUUUAAAUCUUUUCUGCAGGCCGUUGACACAUUUUUUUCUCGACAAGAGCAGCAAAAGAUCUCGUUGAAAGCCCACAACCUUGAAAAGGAAGCGGUGAAGAAGCUAGAAAAUAUUAAAAUCGAUCAUGAAAAACGAGUUAGCGCGCUCGAAACGGCCCAGAAGAUGGACGUAGAAAAAGCUAAACUCAUACAAAACAAUCUUGAACUUGUUGAAAAAGCCUUAUUUGCUGUGCGGUCGGCAAUCGCAUCGCAAAGGAGCUGGGAUGAUAUUGGUGAUAUGAUCAAAGAGGCCCAGCUCCAAGGCGACCCUGUAGCCGAAUCUAUAAAAGAGCUACACCUUGAUCGAAAUCACUUUUUGAUGUACCUUUCUGAUCCGUUUAACGAGGAUGAAGCUGCUGCCGUGGUCGACAUAGAUAUCGAUCUUAGUGCAUAUGCCAACGCGACAAAGUAUUUCGAAAAAAAGAAGCAAGCAGCCAAAAAGCAGGAGAAGACUUUGCAGAGUUCAGCAAAAGCAUUGAAGUCAGCUCAGAAAAAAACGACAGAAAUGCUGAAGCAGGUUGAAUUAACGACGAAUAUUGCGCGCGCGAGGAAGACGUACUGGUUCGAAAAAUUCUACUGGUUCAUUUCGUCUGAAAACUACCUCGUUAUCGGGGGACGCGACGCACUCCAGAAUGAGGUAAUCGUCAAGAAGUACCUAAACAAAGGCGACGUUUAUGUGCACGCUGAUCUUCAUGGAGCGUCAAGCAUUGUAAUCAAAAAUCCAUCGGGUGAACCAAUCCCACCGAAAACGUUAAAUGAAGCAGGGACUAUGGCUAUUUGUUACAGUGCAGCGUGGGAAGCGAAGGUGGUCACGACGGCGUGGUGGGUAUACCAGGAUCAGGUUAGCAAAAGAGCGCCAACCGGUGAAUACCUUUCGCAAGGUUCGUUUAUGGUUCGUGGUAAAAAGAACUUUCUUCCUCCGCUGUACCUAAUCAUGGGAUUCGGAUUCAUGUUCCGCCUGGAUGAGGAAAGUAUUCCACGCCAUGCUGAGGAUCGUAAGGCGCGUUUAGCUGACGACAACUUACCAGUGAUGGAUGAUGUAUCAGUAACGGAUGAUAUUGAAAGCCAUGACCAAAACGAGAUCGCAGUAAGCUCGUCGGAAGAUGAAGAUGAGGGCUCGGCUUUUCCUGACACGCAGGUUCAGGUGCUCCAGCCAGUUGCCCCGGGGAAACUGCUGCAAAGCACUCAAAAGCCCGAGAAUGAGGAAGUCGUUGUAUAUUCACAGCCAGUUAAGAAAAAAACGAUAGUGAAAGCAGCCAAUAAGAAGAAAGACAAAGGCCAGCAGAAAAAACCACCACAGCAACAGACAGCAGAUGGCCAACAGGCAGUGAGCCAAAAGAAAAAAAUGUCCAAAGCGAAACAGCGUAAAAUUAAACAGCGUUACGGAGAUCAGGACGAAGAAGAACGUCAGCUGAAAAUGAAGCUUCUGGCGUCUGCGGGAAAACACAACGAAACUAGCGCGGUAACUAAAAAUACGACGACAGAUGAAAAAAGUUUGAAAAAUAUGCCGAGCGCUGAAGAAUUUUUAGGUGGCGACGAGACCGAUGGCACUAGGGUUAACGCCCGAGAAUGGGACCCACAACGUCACAAAGGCGAAAUCAAGGCGACCGAAGAAGCCAACAAAGAAAGCGAAAAAGAUAAUGACGCCGAUGAUGAGGGUGCGACUGACGAUACAGACGAUGACGCGUCCCCCACCGAUGAUUUCACCGCGAUACUCAAUUCGCUUACUGGGGUGCCGGUCGAGGAUGACGUUCUUCUAUAUGCCGUACCAAUUUGUGCCCCAUAUUCCACGAUAAUAAAUUACAAGUAUAAGGUCAAAUUGACUCCUGGAAUAAAUAAGCGCGGCAAGGCAGCUAAAAUUGCUCUAAAUAUGUUCCAGCAUGAUAAAUCAUCAACGCAAAGAGAGAAAGACCUUUUGAGGGCAGCGAAAGACCAGGAUGUGGCUCGCAAUAUGCCGGGCCGGGUCAAAAUGUCCGCAGCCAAUUUGCAAAAAUAUAAAAAGUAAAAUAAAGAUAAUACUUUGUGAAAUUCUCAUAUUCACCGAGAGACACUCACACAUACCUUUGUGUGAGUGUGUACUGGUGUAAGCAUAGACUGAAGAAUGAAAAAAAAAAGUAUAUUUAUUUGCUUUUUCACCUUUUACCCGCUGGUAUUAUAUAAAUCAUGAAUAAUAAUAUAAAAAUAUUAAUAAUAAUUGGAUACAUAUAUGUGGGCUCUACACUGAAUCGGAUUAUCAAUUUGAUAUUAUAAUGGUAUGUUUACUUAAAUAUCAACGAGAUGUCUAUCGCAGCAGAAUUCAAUAGAUCUUUGUUACCUAAAGCAUAUGUAGAGCAUUUAAUAAUUGACAAAAGUAAAGAAAACCUUUUCUUUAAUAAUUCGUUAGAUUGAUAAUUUUAUUAGAACGAUGUGUCGGGCCAAAAUAUCUAAAAUGCUUGCCAGUACAUAGCAUAAUCUUAGUCUUUAUCUGAAUACGUGCCAGGCAACUAAUGUUGAGGGCAAACCAAAAAAAAGUAUACUGAAAUUUACAAAAGUUACAGAGCUAUAUAGAGAGAACGUUCACACAUAGAAGAUUAUUGAUGUCGGUCCCGCAGUCAUUACAGACGAAUGAAUAGAAUUAAUUUUUUUGUGAGGCCUAAAACCGCCUAGUACAAAUAUCUUCAACGGAACCGCAUAGCAUGCGGCAUGAUGGGAAGUGUUUAGAGUAUAUUAUACCGGAAUUAUUAGCUCGCUGGUAUCGAUACUAACUGAAUGUGAGAAAACGGUUCACCGAAAAGGUCGGACAACGCCAGCAAAUCAAAUUUGGCGUCUCAUGCUUCAAUUCGGCGCUCUUUUAUUUCCACGUUGGUUUAUCGUAGUCGGCUAGGUUUUUUGAUGUAAAGAUUUAUCUUCUAAUUCGCGUGCUUAAUUCUGUUCCCCAAGAAUAUGUACUAACUAAUUUUGUUUUUCUAAGGAAGCUUACAGCCAGAUUGAGUACGAACUAAUUUAGUGAAAGAUGUUCAAUUCCUAAGCAAAAGUGUCACUACCUCUAUAGAACCGUUUAAAUUGUUGUAGACUAAGUAAAAAACUUAAUGUUUUUUGUCAAUCUACUUAUCAAUUUUACCUCAACAACUCUUCUCGAUCUUAUCCUAUUGAAAAGCUAUGCUUUAGCUCAUAAUUCUACACUAUUCUUGAUCCUUAGAGAAGAUUUGAAAUAUAGUAGUCUGUAGUCUAAGUUAGUUGUUAAAUAUAAAUGUAAUCGUCUAUAUAUAACAAAACCUUUUCCUAGGAAACAACGUCAGCUUACAUUGGCACACUUAUUAGAACUAAUUUAUGGCGUAGUAACUUUUUUUAGUCAUUAAAGCUAGCUUGUAGAAAAGCUAGUUUAGGACAUAAUCUUUCCAUUCAUAUGGACCAGAGUGGGACUAUCGAGUGUCAAUACAGACAGCAAUUUUUCUACAUCCACGAAAUUUACCUGCGAACCGUAACAGUUGUAUAAGAAAGAAGUGAGAUAUGAAAUGCUGUCGAAACCAUAAAAUAUGAUGAACUUAAUUACACUUACAGCACUUUUAGUAAUUGUACGCUAUACUGUCGUCGCUGUAUUUGUGCGAAUGUACAUAAUGUACAUGUGUUUUCUAUCAUCGGGCCUUCUGUAGGAAGAACAAUUUAAAUGCGGAUCCGUUACCUGCUUGUUUUUCAGUUUUGAAGGACUUUCUGACAUGUAUGGCUGUUUGUAUGAGCCAAAUACUUAAGCGUUCCGCGAGUCUUCUGCAUAAGGCUGUUGAUUAAUUAGGGAAUAAAUGGCUAUACUGAUGGGUCUCCAAUAAGUUUCUUAAGAACAACUUUUCUUACGUAGGUUACGGUUGUUCUAAACAUGGAUUCCUAAAUAUAUUUAUUAACAAAACUAGUCAAUGAUGCACCAAUGAUAAUGAGUGCAAGCCUGAUAUGUGUUCGAAGGCUUUGGUUACAACGGUUGUCAUGCAAGAAAAUCUGCUGUGACCGGCCUUUUUUAAUCUCUCUCCAUGUUCCUUCUGCUUUUUUUAUAUAAUAUUUUUCUCCUUCUUCGCCUUUUAUUUUCUCCAUUAGCGUAGUGCUUAUUAUG